UGUGUUGGAGCAUGCGCACAGCGCGCUCGCCGCUUUGGUUAUCCCACUUUUGAGGAGCCGAGCGUUACGUCACAGACUCGUCCACACAUCCACACUCACACGCACACAUUGCUGGAGCUGGAGAGGUCCACCAUCCACUCAUGCAGCCACAAGCACGGGGAAGAAGCAUCAGCGCCGCGAACGAGCAAAAAACGCGUGUACUUUUCUUUUUUUUUAAUUUGUUGAGCUCGGCGCGGAAUGAGCUGAGCCGAGCCGUGCUGUGCUGAGCGGAGCCGGCGGCUGCAGCGCGUCCCUGCGAGAGGACAAUUGUAGUGGCAUGGUGUGGUGAACCAGAGGGAGAGAGAGCAGCACUGAGCACAUCAGAGUCAUUAUUAAUAUUGAUAUUAAUAUUCCCCCGUGCAUCAUGUUUGAAUGCCGAUGAUCAAUUAGAAAUAUACAUGACUGUGCUGCUGCUGCUGCAUUGCUGAACGCCUCGCCGAGCUACUGUAUCCAGUCUCCAUUGAUUGCUGAAGCCCGUGGAAAGCCGUGCAGAGCCUAGCUGAGGGCGCAGCCGAGCGGACAAUCACACCCGAACCACCGAGGCGGUUCGGAUGAGGCGGUGGAUCGGGUUGUUUGCUUCUAAAAAUCCAGCCAACUUCCCCCCCAUUCCUUUCUAACAGCAGUGGCAGCAUCGGGCAUCGCUCUGGAGAUGGCGAUGAGGUGCUUCUACUUGGGAUUUAUUAUACUCUACUUGGGGAUCGUCUCUCCUAACGGUGCAUCCGUAGUUCCCAAAGUGGACAACCAUCCGAAAAACUGCAGCACUAAGCAGUUUGUAUGCAAGGACCAGGUGACCUGUAUCUCCAAAGGCUGGCGCUGCGAUGGAGAGAAGGACUGUCCAGAUGGCUCAGACGAAUCACCAGAUAUCUGCACGCACAACAGAGUCAACCAGUGUCCCGUCAACGAGCAUGGGUGCCUGGACGUGGAUUUGUGUAUCCAUAUGAGCAAGUUGUGCGACGGAGUCCCCGACUGCACCGAUGGCUGGGACGAGGGUCCUCACUGCAGAAAACGAGCACCAGACUGUGCCUCCAAUGGCUGCCAGUUCCACUGCGCUGUGACUCACGACGGGCCUCAGUGCUACUGUAGAAACGGCUUUGAGGUUGCUGCAGAUGGGAAGACGUGUAAAGAUUUCAAUGAGUGCAACGUGUACGGGACGUGUAGUCAGACUUGUACGAACACCGAGGGCUCCUACACCUGCAGCUGUGUAGAAGGCUACCUGCUGCAGCCAGACAACCGCUCUUGUAAAGCCAAAAACGAGCCAGUGGAUCGUCUGCCUGUGCUGCUGAUUGCGAACCUUCAUGACAUCCGCUGCACCUCGCUCAGUGGCACCACAUCCUGGCUGCCCUCCAUCGCCACAAAGCAGGCCAUGGCCAUGGACUUCAUUUAUGCCAAGGAGACCGUCUGCUGGAUAGAUGUGGGCGACACACCUGCUGCCACCCAGCUGAAGUGUGCCAACAUCCCCGACCUCAAGACUGUCGCCAACAUUCGGACCAUUAACAUCUCCCUCAGCCUGCACCAUGUUGAGCAGAUGGCUAUCGACUGGUUGACCGGAAACUUCUACUUUGUGGAUGAUGUGGACGACCGGGUGUUUGUCUGCAACAAGAACGGCCAGACAUGUGUGACCCUGCUGGACCAGGAGCUGUACAACCCUAAAGGCAUUGCUUUGGACCCGGCGAUGGGUAAAGUGUUCUUCACAGAUUAUGGGUCGACGCCGAGGGUGGAGCGCUGUGACAUGGACGGCCAGAAUCGCACUAAGCUGGUGGAGAGCAAGAUUGUUUUCCCUCAUGGUAUCACCCUGGACCUGGUCAACCGGCUGGUGUACUGGGCUGAUGCCUACCUGGACUACAUUGAAGUGGUUGAUUAUGAGGGCAAAAACCGACACACCAUCAUCCAGGGCCUACUGAUUAAGCACCUAUACGGAUUGACCGUCUUUGAGAACUAUCUGUAUGCUACAAACUCGGACGAAGGCAACCUCAACCCAAAGACGAGCGUGAUCCGAGUGAACCGCUUCAACAGCUCCGACUUCCAGGUGGUGACUCGAGUAGACCGGGGGCCCGCGCUGCACGUGUACCACCAGAGGCGCCAACCUCAAGUGCGCAGCCACGCGUGUGCCUUGGAUCAGUUUGGGAAAGCCGGAGGUUGUUCUGACAUCUGUCUGCUAAGCAACAGCCACAAGACUCGUACCUGCCGCUGUCGCUCUGGAUUCAGCCUCGGCAGUGACGGCAAGUCCUGCAAGAAACCAGACCAUGAGUUGUUCUUGGUGUAUGGUAAGGGUCGUCCCGGAAUCAUCAGGGGCAUGGACAUGAAUGCUAAGGUACCCGAUGAGUACAUGAUCCCCAUCGAGAACUUGAUGAACCCCCGAGCUCUGGAUUUCCACGCUGCCAGUGAAUUCAUCUACUUCGCUGAUGCCACCAGCUACAUCAUUGGGCGACAGAAGAUCGAUGGCACGGAGAGAGACACCAUUCUGAAGGAAGGUAUCCACACAGUGGAGGGGAUAGCAGUAGACUGGAUGGGAGGUAAUCUCUAUUGGACAGAUGACGGGCCUAAGAAAACCAUCAGUGUUGCCAGGCUGGAGAAAGCUUCACAGACCCGCAAGACUCUCAUUGAGGGAAAGAUGAGUCAUCCUCGUGCCAUUGUGGUCGACCCCCAGCAUGGAUGGAUGUACUGGACCGAUUGGGAGGAGGACCCCACAGAGAGCAACAGAGGGAAGAUCAAGAAGGCCUGGAUGGACGGUUCACAUCACCAAGUUUUCCUGACCAGCAAAACAGUGCUGUGGCCAAACGGCUUGAGUCUGGACAUUCCUCAGGGCAUACUGUACUGGGUAGAUGCCUACUAUGACCGAAUUGAGUUGGUUUACCUUAACACCACUGAGCGAAAGGUGGUGUAUGAGGGGCAAGAGCUUAACCACGCCUUUGGUUUAUGUCAUUACAAACAAUUCCUGUUUUGGAAUGAGUAUCGUGGAGGCAGCAUCUAUAAACUGGACCAGGUCACGAAGACAGUCACACUACUCCGCAAUGAGAGGCCACCCAUAUUUGAGAUUAGAGUGUAUGAUGCACACCAGCAGCAAGGUUCCAAUGCAUGUCGAGUUAACAACGGUGGCUGUAGCAGCCUGUGCCUUGCUAUCCCUGACAGCAGGUCCUGCGGCUGUGCUGACGACCAAAUCUUGGAUGCCGAUAAUGUCACCUGUAAAGCCAACCCCUCCUACGUGCCUCCGCCCCAGUGCCAGCCCGGGGAGUUUGCCUGCAAGAACAACCGCUGCAUCCAGGAGCGCUGGAAGUGUGAUGGGGACAAUGAUUGUCUGGACAACAGCGAUGAGGCCCCUGAGCUCUGCCACCAGCACACGUGCCCAGCUGACCGAUUCAAGUGCCAGAACAACCGCUGCAUCCCCUUGCGCUGGCUCUGUGAUGGCGACAAUGACUGCGGCAACGAUGAAGAUGAAUCCAAUACCACCUGCUCUGCUCGUACAUGCCCCCCCAACCAGUAUCCCUGUGCCAGUGGACGCUGCAUCCCCAUCUCCUGGACGUGUGACCUGGACGACGACUGUGGAGACCGCUCGGACGAACCAGACUCCUGUGCCUACCCAACCUGCUUCCCUCUGACACAGUUCACGUGUGCCAACGGCCGAUGCAUCAACAUCAACUGGCGCUGUGACAAUGACAACGACUGCGGAGACAACAGUGACGAAGCGGGGUGCAGCCAUUCCUGCUCCAGUGUCCAGUUCAAAUGUAACAGUGGUCGCUGCAUUCCAGAAUACUGGACCUGUGAUGGCGACAAUGACUGUGGGGACUACAGUGACGAGACACAUGCCAACUGUACCAACCAGGCGACUCGUCCUCCAGGCGGUUGCCAUGUCGAUGAGUUCCAGUGUCGGAUGGACGGCCUGUGCAUCCCCAUGCGUUGGCGGUGUGAUGGUGAUACAGACUGCAUGGACCUGAGUGAUGAGAAUAACUGUGAGGGUGUCACCCACAUGUGUGACCCUGCGGUCAAGUUCAGCUGCAGAGACUCUGCUCGCUGCAUUAGCAAGGCCUGGGUGUGCGAUGGUGACAGUGACUGUGAGGACAACUCGGACGAGGACAACUGUGAGCCGCUGGAGUGCAAGUUGUCUCACCACAUGUGCGCUACCAAUGAUUCCAUCUGUCUGCCCGCUGAGAAGCUGUGUGAUGGCACCGACGAUUGUCCGGACGGAUCUGAUGAAAAACUGUGUGAUUUGUGUGCACUGGACAAUGGUGGUUGCAGUCACAACUGCAGCAUCAUCCCUGGGGAGGGUUUCAUGUGCUCUUGUCCCCUGGGUAUGGAACUGGGAUCGGACAACAAGACCUGCCAGAUUCAGAGCUUCUGUGCCAAACACCUCAAGUGCAGCCAGAAGUGCGAGCAAGAGAAAUCCAGCGUUAAGUGCUCCUGCUACGAGGGCUGGGAGCUGGAGGCUGACAUGGAGAGCUGCAAAAGCACUGAUCCCUUCAAGCCUUUCAUCAUAUUCUCCAACCGUCAUGAGAUCAGAAGGAUUGAUCUUCACAAGGGGGAGUUCAGUGUGUUGGUACCAGGCCUGAGGAACACCAUCGCCUUGGACUUCCACCUCAACCAGAGCACACUGUACUGGACUGAUGUCGUGGAGGACAAAAUCUACCGUGGGAAACUGUCUGAUAAUGGAGCCCUGACCAGUUUCGAGGUGGUUAUCCAGUAUGGAUUGGCUACUCCAGAAGGCCUGGCUGUGGACUGGAUAGCAGGAAACAUCUACUGGGUCGAGAGUAAACUGGACCAAAUAGAAGUGGCCAAACUGGAUGGGACCAUGAGAACCACUCUGCUGGCUGGGGAGGUGGAACACCCCCGGGCUAUUGCCCUGGACCCUCGUGAUGGUAUUCUCUUUUGGACCGACUGGGAUGCCAGUCUGCCCAGGAUUGAAGCAGCAUCUAUGAGUGGUGAAGGCAGACGCACCAUCCACAGGGAAACGGGCAGCGGCGGGUGGCCCAACGGACUCACUGUGGAUUACAUGGAAAGACGCAUUGUCUGGAUUGAUGCGAGGUCAGAUGCCAUCUACUCUGCUAUGUAUGACGGCUCUGGGCUGAUCGAAGUGCUGCGUGGUCAUGAAUACUUGUCCCAUCCCUUUGCGGUCACCAUGUAUGGAGGCGAGGUCUACUGGACAGACUGGAUGACAAACACUUUGGCCAAAGCCAACAAAUGGACGGGGCAUAACGUGACUGUAGUCCAGCGCACCAACACGCAGCCAUUUGACCUGCAGGUCUAUCACCCAUCCAGGCAACCUGAGGCUCCCAACCCAUGUGCCACCAGAGACGGCAAAGGCCCGUGCUCCCACCUUUGUCUCAUCAACUUUAACCAGACCUUCUCCUGUGCCUGCCCACACCUCAUGAAACUGCAGGCUGACAAACGAACCUGCAAAGAGUCCCACAAGUUCCUUCUUUAUGCUCGUCAGAUUGAGAUCCGAGGUGUCGACAUAGACAAUCCCUACUACAACUACAUCAUCUCCUUCACUGUGCCAGACAUAGACAAUGUGACGGCAGUGGACUACGAUGCCGUGGAGCAUCGUAUCUACUGGUCAGAUGUUCGAACACAGACCAUCAAGAGAGCUUUCAUCAAUGGCACAGGGGUGGAGACAGUUGUUUCUGCUGAUCUCCCUAAUGCUAAUGGGCUGGCUGUGGACUGGGUGUCCAGGAAUCUUUUCUGGACCAGCUAUGAUGCCAACAAGAAGCAGAUCAAUGUGGCCCGACUUGAUGGAUCUUUCAAGAAUGCUGUUAUCCAGGGAUUAGACAAGCCCCACUGUUUGGUGGUGCACCCUCUGCUGGGGAAACUUUACUGGACUGACGGUGACAACAUAAGCAUGGCCAACAUGGAUGGUACCAAUCACACAACACUUUUCACCAGUCAGAAGGGACCAGUAGGCCUUUCUAUUGAUUAUGAAAAGGAGCAGCUCUACUGGAUUAGUUCAGGAAAUGGCACCAUUAACCGUUGCCAGAUGGAUGGAUCUAAACUGGAGAUACUGGAAGGUGUUAAAGGCAAACUUACCAAGGCUAGUGCACUAGCUGUUAUGGGAGACAAGCUGUGGUGGGCAGAUCAAGGAAUGGCCCAGAUAGGAACGUGUGACAAGAACAAUGGAGGAAACUGGAGGGUUCUGCGAAACAACACCUCGCCUAUGAUGCACAUGAGGAUCUACGAUGAGGAUGUGCAGAAAGCGCGAAUCAACCUGUGCAGUAACAACAAUGGUGACUGCUCCCAGCUGUGUCUCCCCACCUCACCAACAACCAGGGCCUGCAUGUGCACCGCAGGGUACAGCCUCAAGACAGGACAGCAGUCCUGUGAAGGUAUGGGCUCGUUCCUUCUAUACUCUGUUCACGAGGGAAUCAGAGGAAUUCCUCUCGACCCGGUAGACAAAUCUGACGCCUUGGUGCCGGUGUCUGGCACCUCUUUGGCUGUCGGCAUCGACUUCCACGCUGAUAAUGACACCAUCUAUUGGGUGGACAUGGGCCUGAGCACUAUCAGCAGGGCUAAGAGAGAUCAGACAUGGAGAGAAGACGUGGUGACCAAUGGCAUCGGCCGGGUUGAGGGGAUCACUGUUGACUGGAUAGCAGGAAAUAUUUACUGGACUGACCAGGGCUUUGACGUGAUUGAGGUUGCCAGGCUGAAUGGCUCUUUCCGCUAUGUAGUCAUUUCCCAGGGCCUGGACAAACCCAGAGCCAUCACUGUCCACCCAGUGAAAGGAUAUCUGUUCUGGACUGAGUGGGGUCAGUACCCUCGUAUUGAGCGUUCUCGGUUGGAUGGCUCCCAGAGGUUGGUCCUGGUCAAUUCCAGCAUCAGUUGGCCAAAUGGGAUCUCUAUCGACUACGAGGAGGGGUUUCUGUACUGGUGCGAUGCGAGGACGGACAAGAUUGAGCGCAUCAAUCUGGAGACUGGAGACAACAGGGAGGUGGUGCUGGCCAACAACAACAUGGACAUGUUUGCCGUGUCUGUUUUUGAGGAGUACAUUUACUGGAGCGACAGGACUCAUGCCAACGGGUCCAUCAAGAGAGGCAGUAAAGACAAUGCUACAGAUGCUGUGCAGCUCAGGAGUGGCAUUGGUGUCCAGCUGAAGGACAUCAAGGUUUUCAACAGGGCCAGGCAGCAAGGCACAAACGUCUGCAAACACAACAAUGGCGGCUGUGAACAGCUGUGUCUUUAUCGUGGCAACGGACAGCACACCUGUGCCUGUGCUCAUGGCAUGUUGGCAGAGGACAACUGCAGCUGCCGUGACUAUGAUGGAUACCUGCUGUACUCGGAGCGGACUAUCUUGAAGAGCAUCCACCUCUCUGAUGAGACCAACCUUAACGCGCCGAUAAAGCCGUUUGAGGACCCCGAUCACAUGAAGAAUGUCAUCGCCCUCAGCUUCGACUACCACGGCGGUGGAGGGAAGGCGGCCAACCGCAUCUUCUUCAGCGACAUCCACUUUGGCAACAUACAGCAGAUCAACAACGACGGCACAGAUCGCAAGAUUGUGGUGGACAAUGUUGGGUCUGUUGAGGGCCUGGCAUACCACCGCGGUUGGGAUACACUCUACUGGACCAGUUACACAACCUCCACCAUCACUCGACACACUGUGGAUCAGAGCCGCACUGUGGCCUAUAACCGCAACACUGUGGUCACUAUGUCUGGAGAGGACCACCCCAGAGCCUUUGUGCUGGACGAGUGUCAGGAUCUCAUGUUCUGGACCAACUGGAAUGAGCUGUCUCCCAGCAUUAUGAGGGCUUCUCUGAAUGGAGCCAACAUGCUGGUGAUCAUCGGCAGUGAUAUCAAAACUCCAAAUGGCCUCGCCAUCGAUCACCGAGCUGAGAAACUCUAUUUCUCUGAUGCCACCUUGGACAAGAUUGAGCGCUGUGAAUAUGAUGGAAGCAAUCGUUACGUUUUAUUGAAGAAUGAGCCCGUCCAUCCGUUCGGUCUGGCUGUGUACGGAGAUUACAUCUUCUGGACUGACUGGGUGAGGAGGGCAGUCCUUCGAGCCGACAAGUACACAGGAGGAGACAUGAAAGUGUUGCGCGCAGACAUCCCUCAGCAGCCAAUGGGCAUCGUUGCUGUGGCGAAUGACACCAACAGCUGUGAGUAG